AUGGCACUCUCUACCACAUCCGCAUCAGCACCCGCUGGCCCACUACCCUCCACCAACCCUCCCAACAUCCACAAACACAUGAACAACACUCACUCCGACAUCCACUCGACAACUACCAACACCACUAUCCCUCCCGAACCAGAACCUAAACGUCCAGAACCACAAUAUGCCUCCAUCAUCCGCCCCUCCCAAGAUACCCCCCUCAACCUCCACCGCACCACCUCCUCCCUCUCCCACCCGGACAUGCCCUGCGUAACCUACACCCCCACCACCGACACAACCCCAACAACAACCACCACUGCUGCCGACGCCAUCUACACAAAAUUCUCCCCGCGCCGCAAAUACAUCAUCGUGGCUAUUGUCUCCUUUUGCAGCUUCCUGGCGCCCGUCAGUUCGACGACGGUGCUGUCUGCAGUGCCCGAGGUGGCGGCCACGUAUGGGACGGACGGCAGUGUGAUUAAUGUUAGCAAUGCUUUGUACAUGUUGUUCAUGGGGAUUAGUCCGUGUUUUUAUGGGCCGUAUGCGGGAAUUUAUGGGAGGAAGUGGGUAUCUGUCGCCAGUGCCACACUCUUCACAGCGUUUUCAAUUGGCACGGCAUUGGCGCCCAAUUUAGCCGCCUUCUUCGUCUUUAGAAUCUUGACUGCCUUUCAAGGAACCGCCUUUCUAGUCGUUGGGAGUGCGACUGAACGAGCUACGGCGCUCAGUCUCUUCCUCACUGGCAUGUUCGUUGGGCCUGCGUUGGGCCCCUUCAUCGGCGGAAUCGUCGUCACGUAUCGCACCUGGCGUGAGAUUUUCUGGCUGCAGUCUGCUUUGGCUGGUGCAGCGACCUUGUUUUGUUUGUUCCUUCAGCCCGAGACUAUCCAUGAGAAACGCGCGGCUGAACUCGAGGGUCUGCCGGCUCGAGAAAAGGCGGCGAAGAUGUGGGAGUGGUUGAAUCCUACUCGUAUCUUGCGUUUGAUUCGAUAUCCAAAUCUUCUUUUGACUUCCCUGGCAUCCUCCUCCUUGGUAUGGAACAUGUAUGCCCUCCUCACCCCCAUCCGCUACGUCCUCAACCCACGCUUCGACCUUGAAACACCCCUCCAAUCCGGCCUAUUCUAUAUCGCACCCGGGUGCGGCUACCUCAUCGGGACCCUUGUAGGCGGCCGCUACGCUGAUCACAUUGUCAAAAAGUACAUUCGCAUCCGGGGCAAACGCGUGCCCGAAGACCGGCUUCGAAGCUGCGUCGUCUUUCUCGGCGGCAUCAUUCCAGCAUGCAUGAUUGUGUAUGGCUGGAGUGUCGAGAAGAAAGUAGGAGGCAUCGCAUUACCGGUGAUAAUGAUGUUUCUCCAGGGAGUGGCGCAGUUGUUCUGCUUUCCGAGCUUGAAUACGUAUUGUUUGGAUGUUAUGCAAGGGAGGAGUGCGGAGGUGAUUUCUGGCAACUAUUUCAUGCGAUAUAUGUUUGGAGCAGCUGGCUCUGCAGCCUGUCUACCCUGCAUUCGAGCAAUUGGUGUGGGUUGGUUUUCGACUAUUAGCGCUAUGUUUCUUGUUGCGGGGGCUACUGGUACGUAUGUGACUGCAUGUUAUGGGAAGCAGUGGCGUGUGGCUAUUGAUGAUAAAAAGGCGGCGAAGAAAGAAGGGGAAGGCCAGGUAUAG